GGAAGGAGGAUAUUGGGGUUGAAUAGUAAGUAGGAUACAACUAUCCUGAAGCCUUCUUCGAAGAUUAGCAAGCAGGAAAAUAGAACUAGCACAUAUCAGAAGCCCCACGUCGUCAUCAGCUCAGCCAGCCUAACGCACAGUCGUGUCAAGGAGUUUUAGUCGUGUCAAGGAGCAAAACUCUCACUCGCCGCCACCAGGACGAUGAAACAUCAAGGAAGUUCUGCUGCGCCUGCGUUAUUCGUUUUUCAUCGCGCUCAUACAACCAUACAUCCAUAUAAAACACACCUUCCCGUCUUUCCACCAGAUCCCAUCAUCGCCAGAAGAAAGCCAUGGCAACCAGCUUCUCGUCUCGGCUCCUCCAUCUCCUCCGACCGUCGCCAUUCUCUGCGUCUCUUCGCCCAACGAGAAUAAGACCCGAGCGGCGAAUCUUCACUUCAUUCGCUGGGCCAAGCGAGAAUCCCCGGAAGGAGGAAAUAGUCGUCGUCGGCGCUGGCAUCGCCGGCCUCGCCACCGCUCUCGCUCUCCAUAGGGUCGGGGUGCGAUCGGUGGUGCUGGAGCAAGGGGACUCGCUCCGGACGGGAGGGACCUCGCUGACGCUUUCCAAGAAUGGGUGGCGCGCCUUGGAUGUCCUUGGAGUGGGAGACGAACUCAGGAGCAAAUUCCUCCAGAUCCAACGGCUGGUGAUAAGGUCGGAGGAUGGAAGGGAGCUCCGAUCAUUUUCGUUCAAAGAAGAAGCUCCUGGGCAAGAACUCCGAGGGGUGGAAAGGAGGGUGCUUCUUGAGACUCUUGCUAGUCGGUUGCCACCGAACACGAUAUCUUUCUCGUCAAGACUGAAAUCUAUUGAAAGACAAGGGAGUGAGGGGACUUUACUGGAGCUUGACGAUGGCAGACGCGUACUUGCCGAGAUUGUAAUUGCUUGUGAUGGUGUGCAUUCCCCAGUAGCAAAAUGGAUGGGAUUUUCAGAGCCGAACUAUGUUGGACAUUGUGUCUUCCUAGGCCUUGGGCUAUAUCCUGAUGGUCAGCUAUUCAAACCAGAAGUGAACUACUUCUACGGAAGGGGCAUGCGUGCUGGUUUUGCUCCAGUUUCCUCCACGAAAGUUUAUUGGUUCAUCACCUUCAAUAGCCCAUCACCUGGACCGAGGACCAGCGACCCAUAUGUUUUGAAGAAGGAAGCUCUUGAUCUUGUAAGAAGCUGGCCUCAAGAGCUCCCGGAUGUCGUGCAAAGGACCCCAGAAGAUGGUGUCGUCAAGACUUCACUAGCCGACCGGUGGCUGUGGCCUGGUUUUAGUCCUCCAUCAUGGGCAAAUGGUGUGGUGGUGAUUGGUGAUGCAUGGCACCCCAUGACACCCAACCUCGGGCAGGGUGCUUGCUUGGCUUUAGAAGAUGCAGUGGUUUUAGUGAGCAAGCUUCGAGGUGUGAUUGGUGGCAGAAGGGAACUGAUAGACCAAGUGCUAAGAGAGUACAGCAAAGAGAGGUGGGCUCGUGUAUUUCCAUUGACCAUUCGAGCAAACCUUGUCGGAUCUUUGUCGCAGUGGGAAAAUCCAGUGUUUUGUUCAUUUAGGAACAAUAUCAUGAUCCCAAAGUUGGUGAGGCUGGGGCGACUUGUGGAGCACACGAAUUUUGAGUGCGAGUCGCUGGAACCAGCAGGAUCAGCCUAAUCUACUUUUGAUACAUCCGUGUUUGUGGUCUCCUGUGCUCAACUGGGCAGAGUGCGAGCAAGAAGGUGCAUUUCGUCUGCCAAUAGGUGAUUAGCUAAGUCCAGCCAAUAAAUGAUCUAUUGAAUUUAUAGUUACGGCAAAUACCAUUUUGGAGACUUCCAAGACACUUUGGGAAUUCAGGUAGAUACAGUAUUCAUCGUGUGAGGAGUGCAAGAAAGAAGCCGGAUUUGAUCUGUAAUUGACCCAACGGGCCAGGUAAAUCCAUGUUGCCCUGGGUUGAAGCUGUACUUUGUAAUUUUGACCAGUUGUUAUUUAUCUGAGAUAAGCUAUUCUAAUCCUUCUAGAA